AUAAAAUUGACUUUAGUAGUUUUUCUAAUUGCAUCGCAAACUCAUUAGCGUUUUAUUAUUUACAAAACAAUGUGCAAUAAUAUUAGCAUUUUUCAAUCGAACUAACCAAACAAAAUGUCUGCUGAAUCUGAUAUGGAAUAUUCUGACAACGAUGGCGAUGACUACGACUAUUAUGGCGAACAGGACGAUUGUGAUAUGGAAGCAGUGGAUCGUAGUAAAUCGGAUCCUGAAUAUUUUAUAUAUUCCUGUCUCAAAGUGGAAGAGGUAGAAAAGCUGUUAAAUGAAUCGAUUGAAUUGCUCAGCAACAGCCUUCAAGUUACGCCUUCACUUGCCAAGGUAAUGCUACAUGCAUAUGAAUGGAAUGCUCAAGAGAUAAUAAAUAAGUAUAAGGAAAAUGCGAACGAAGUGUUGGUUUAUAGUCGUGUGAAGCCCCGUGUGGCCUCGCUGCUGCAGGCCAGCGCAAGUCGUGCUGUCUGCGCCGUGUGUGCGAACACUCCUCCUAUUCAUAAAUACAGUGCUUUAGCUUGUGGACAUUAUUUUUGCAAUGACUGUUGGGCUAUGCACUUUGAAGUACAAAUUAUGCAAGGUGUGUCAAAUACCAUACAGUGUAUGGCUCAAGAUUGUGAAGUACGGGCUCCUGAAGACUUUGUUAUAUCUCAUGUUCCAAAAUCAACACUGCGUGAACGCUAUCAACAAUUUAUGUUUAAGGAUCAUGUGAAAUCUCAUCCACAACUAAGAUUUUGUCCAGGACCUAAUUGUCAGUGGAUUUUCCGUGCGUGGGUGCGUGAAGGUGCUCGCCGUGUAGAAUGUCGUGGCUGUGAACUGCUGACAUGUUUUUCAUGUGGAGCUCCUCAUCAUGCUCCUACUGAUUGCUCUACGAUCAGACGUUGGCUGACCAAAUGUGCUGAUGAUUCAGAGACUGCUAACUAUAUCAGUGCUCACACCAAGGACUGCCCUAAAUGUCAGAUUUGCAUAGAAAAAAAUGGUGGCUGUAAUCAUAUGCAAUGUGGAGCUUGUAGAUUCGACUUCUGCUGGGUUUGUUUGGGUGAUUGGAAGGCGCAUGGCUCGGAAUAUUAUGAAUGCAGUCGUUAUAAAGAAGACCCUAAUUUGGCCAAUGAUAGUCAACAUGCUCAAGCACGAGAAGCUCUUAAAAAAUAUUUACAUUACUAUGAGAGAUGGGAAAAUCAUGCUCGAUCUUUGAAAUUGGAAGAGCAGACUUUAGCUAGUCUCAAAAGUCGCAUUAAUCAAAAGGUUAUGGCAGGAGAGGGUACUUGGAUUGACUGGCAGUACCUAUGGGACUCCGCUAGGCUCUUGAAACGCUGUCGCUACACCCUCCAAUAUACUUACCCAUUUGCAUAUUAUAUGGAAGUUGGACCUAGAAAAGAACUGUUUGAAUAUCAACAGGCUCAAUUGGAAGCUGAAAUAGAAAAUUUAUCAUGGAAAGUAGAAAGAGCAGAGACCACUCAUAGAGGAGACUUAGAAAAUCAAAUGGAUAUAGCUGAAAAGAGACGUACAACAUUAUUGAAAGACUUUCUAGAGUUGAAUACAAACUUUGCCUCCAGUAGCAGUAAGGUGUAAAUAACCAGAAAUCUCGAAACCUUAAUAAAACGCAUUUAUAACCAUAACUAAGAACAUCAACCAGCAUGUUGUUUAUGUACUUGUAAAAGCUAGAUUUUUUGUUCUGCCAAAGUAUAUUUAUUAACAUUAAAUUUGCAAUAAAAUAGUGAAUAAUUA